GGGAGAGUAGUAGGCACUGACUUUUAAUUGUGCUGUUGCUUAUAGGCCUAUAAGUGUUUUUCAAAUAUUGACAGUAUUACACCGGGAAUGGAGAAAAGUGCCGGCUGAUAAGUGUUCAUCUAAGAGUGAAAAAAAAUUUACUUUCUUUUUGACGGAUAUUUGCAAUUCGUGAGAACUGAUCCUUUAACUACACAUCCAAUAGUGUGUUUGAUUUAUCAUUGAGUAUGAUAAUUUAAAUUGAUUAAAACUUAUAGCGGAAGUUGAUGAUGGCAUUGAUCGUCUGCGUAGGAAGGUCAAUAUAUGUCAAAAAGUCGGAAUUAUUAUUGGUCAAACUGACCACUGUCCUGUCUGGAGCUCAAAGACAAGCGCAGACCAUCACUUCAAAUCAAUACGAAACACCAAGAGUAGUGACACAUGUGCCUGGACCGAAAUCUAGAGCACUAGCUGAAAGACUCGGACAGUAUCAGAAUGUUGAUGCUGUUCACUUUUUUGUGGACUAUGAGAAGUCUGAAGGAAACUUCGUUGUAGACGUAGAUGGCAAUGUGUUGUUGGAUAUGUUUAUGCAGAUAGCUUCACUGCCGCUAGGAUACAAUCCUCCAGCACUAAUUGACGCCUUGAAAGAUAGAAAAAAUCUGACUAGUUUCAUCAACCGUCCGGCUUUAGGGAGCUACCCAGCUGAAGACUUUGUUGAACGCCUGGAGAGAUCUUUGUUGGCGGUGGCACCACCAGGCUUGAAGCACGCACAGACAGCAGGCUGUGGGACUUGUGCUAAUGAAAAUGGCCAAAAGGCAAUCUACAUGGCCUACCAGAGACGCCUAAGAGGGGGCGGACAGCCUAGUGAAGAAGAAAAGAUGACCAGUGUUAUGAAUCGACCACCUGGAAGUCCUAAGCUCUCUUUCCUUUCCUUCACAAACGCAUUUCAUGGACGCUGCAUGGGGGCCCUGGCCAUGAGUCAUGCUAAAUGGUUUCACAAACUAGACUUCCCAGUGCCCGACUGGCCAAUAGCCACAUUCCCGAGACUCAAGUAUCCACUGAAUGAAUUCAAGGGAGAGAAUAAGCGAGAAGAGAACCGCUGUCUGGCUGAGGUCAGAGAUUUGAUUGUGAAAUAUGGCAGACGAGGAGAACCGGUGGCGGGAAUCUGUGUUGAACCGAUCCAAUCCGAAGGCGGGGAUAACCAUGCAAGUCCCGCUUUUUUUCAAGGCUUACAAACUAUUUGUAGAGAGACUGGGGUGUACUUAAUGAUAGACGAGGUUCAGACAGGUUGUGGUGCCACGGGAAAGUUUUGGGCACACGAGCACUUCAACUUCCAGCAACCUCCUGACGCCGUGACUUUCUCAAAGAAGAUGCUGACGGGCGGAUUUUAUUUUACAGACGAGCUAAAGCCAAGAGAGGCUUACAGAAUUUAUAACACGUGGAUUGGUGACCCGUCCAAACUGGUUCUCUUGGAGCACGUAGUACAAGAAAUUCAACAGAAGAAAUUAGUGGACAAUGCUGCACUGGUUGGCCAGGUGCUACUCAAUGGCUUGUUAGAGUUGCAGAGUCUUUAUCCAGGUGUGUUACAUAACGCUCGAGGUUUAGGCUUGCUGUGUGCUGUGGAUAUUUCCACACCUGCCAAAAGAGACAACAUUAUCCACAGGCUAAGAAAUAAAGGGGUCAACAUUGGAGGUUGUGGUCUGUCUACUCUUCGGCUGCGCCCAUGCCUGACCAUCAGCACCUCCCAGGCUUCUAUGUUUCUGAAUAUACUGGACUCUGUGUUGGCUGAAGUGAGAUAAUCCAGCAUUUGUGUCACAUUUCUAUAGAGGCUAAAGUAGUUACAGAAAUGUGUACAUGUAUGCUUCUCUAAGUAAUCAGAUCAUAUGCUGAAAACAGGUUUUUUAUGUCAUGAUUUCUGUGAUACUUUUUUUGUACUCUAUUAUAAGUCAUGGGAAUUUCCAGCAUGCUCAAAGCUUGUCUAAACUGUGUGCAGCUGAUGUGACCUUUAUUGUGUCUUCAAAUAAGUUAACGGUGGCUGAGUGGUUAAGCACUUGGCUUCCGAACCUGGGGUCCUGGGUUCGAAUCUCAGUGAAGACUGGGAUUUUGAAUCUCAUGAUUUUUAGGGUGCCCAAGUCCACCCAGCUGUAAUGGGUACCUGACUUUAGUUGGGGAAAGUAAAGGCAGUUGGUCGAUGUACUGGCCCCAUGACAGCAUGCUCAUUAACCGUUGGCCAUAAAAACAUGAUCUUAACAUCAUCUGCCUUAUGGAUCACAAGAUCUGAAAGGGAAACUUUAAAAAAAAAAUAAGUUAACAGUUUUGUUAAAUUUGUAGGUCUGUUAAAUGUGCAUCUCUGUUAAAAUGAACAUUUGUGUUUCUGUAUAAACUGUAAAAUGUUAUAGAGUUAUCUAACUUGAUUAUAAUAUAUGAAAUUUGAUGAUUUACAAAUUCAGUCAAACAGAUAAAAUGCUUUGUGAAAUGUGUUACAGCCCUCCCCUAAACACCACAUCUUCCAUGAUGAAAUAAAUUAACAGAUUUUAA